ACAUUCUGUAUGGCGAAAGCGAACAAACGUUUUCGUUUGUGCGAACGAUUUGCUUCAUGUAACUUGAAAAACGAAAAAAAUCGUUCGCGCGUGCGAAAGAAAAUAAACGAAAGCAUAUUCAUUGACGUUUCUUUUGUUUUUAUGCCAAAAUUUGACAAAAAAAAUAUUAUUUAUCAUAAUUUAAAAUGUUGCGAGGAUAUUUGACGUUGUUUUUAAGUGAUAGUGAAGAAAGUGACGAUGGUUUUGUAUCUCAGAACUUGAGAAAUAUAAGAAGAAAUCUUCGAGAUCAUUCUGAUCCAUUUUCAUUACCAGACCAAAACUUUAUUCAACGAUUCCGACUAAACAAAAUAGCAUUCAAGUAUGUGCUGGAUAAUCUACACGUUAAAACAGGAAAACGAGCUACAUAUAUUCCUCCAAUUCUAAGACUGUGCUCUACCUUAGAGAUAUUGGGUGGAGGAUGCUAUCAAUGGCUUGUUGGAAACGAUUUCGCUUGCCCCCUUGCACAAAGCACUUUGUCCAAAGCAUUUGACGAGUGCUUAAACGCAUUGGAGGACCAAUUUUGCGCGGAGUGGAUUAAGUGGCCAUCAGAAUUCGAAGAAGAUGAAACAAAACUUUAUUUUUUUGAUAAAUACAAAAUACCUGGAGUAAUCGGUUGCGUUGAUGGUACCCAUAUAGGCUUACUUCGUCCCACUGCAAAUGAAGAAAUGUUCUUCAAUAGAAAGGGCUUCCACAGUAUAAAUGCCAUGAUUAUUAACGAUCACAAAUACCGAAUAAUGACAGUUUGUGCUCAGUACGGUGGUGCUUCUCACGAUUCUUUUGUGUGGAAUAGUUCACUAGCUAAAAGUCGACUUGAGUUGAAAUUCAAUCAAUCAACCAGAAACAAUUCCAAGUUACUAGGUGAUAGUGGGUAUCCAUUGGAACCUUGGCUUCUAACACCAUAUCGCAGAUCCAAAAGACAGGAUGAAUUGAAUUUUAAUAGAAUUCACGCCCAAGCUCGCAGUGUAAAUGAGAGAUGUAUAGGCAUUCUUAAAGGUAUCUAAAUGCGUUAACGUAUGCGCUGCACUGCACAAUAUUUGUAUCCAAUACAACGUUCCCGUGUUGGAACAAAUUCACGAGGACGAAACACAAUAUCAUUGGGAUGCUGAAGACACCAAUAGAAUAACUUUAAAAAAAAAGCAGAA